CACAAUUCCACGUCUCAUAAUCCAUACCCGCUCACACCAGAUCAUUUAUUUCUCUCAUUUUUUCUCACUCACUUUCUCUCUCCUCAAAUUCCCCAAAAAAUAACACAGUCAAAUCUGCUGAAUCGACGAUACCCCAGAAAAAAGCUCUCAUUUCUUGCUUCUAAUAUGGCACCCCUGAGGGGAAUUCUCAAACUUCAAAGAAUCGGGCAGCUUCAGCGCCACUAUGAAAUCUGGGGUGCUGGCUACAGCAGAUUGUUCAGCACCCAGGCUGCAUCGACAUCUAAUACACCUCAGCCUCCACCCCCUCCUCCUCCUCCAGAGAAAACCCAUUUUGGUGGCCUAAAAGAUGAGGAUCGUAUAUUCACUAAUUUGUAUGGUAUUCAUGAUCCCUUUCUCAAAGGUGCUAUGAAACGUGGCGAUUGGCAUAGAACAAAGGAUUUGGUUUUGAAGGGUACUGACUGGAUAGUCAAUGAAAUGAAGAAGUCUGGUCUUCGUGGACGUGGUGGCGCUGGUUUUCCAUCAGGCCUCAAGUGGUCGUUCAUGCCAAAAGUAUCUGAUGGUCGUCCCUCUUACCUUGUUGUCAAUGCAGAUGAAAGUGAACCUGGGACCUGUAAGGACAGGGAAAUUAUGAGGCAUGAUCCCCACAAAUUGCUUGAGGGAUGCCUAAUUGCUGGUGUAGGAAUGAGGGCCAGUGCUGCUUACAUAUAUAUAAGAGGUGAAUAUGUGAACGAACGCUUGAAUCUGGAGAAAGCAAGGAAAGAAGCUUAUGCAGCUGGACUGUUGGGAAAAAAUGCAUGUGGAUCUGGCUAUGAUUUUGAUGUUCAUAUCCAUUAUGGUGCUGGUGCCUAUAUAUGUGGUGAAGAGACUGCACUUUUGGAGAGCCUCGAAGGGAAGCAAGGGAAACCCAGAUUGAAGCCUCCUUUCCCAGCUAAUGCUGGACUCUAUGGAUGCCCUACAACCGUCACAAAUGUGGAAACAGUUGCUGUAUCCCCCACCAUUCUAAGGCGUGGACCUGAAUGGUUUUCUAGUUUUGGCAGGAAGAACAAUUCAGGGACAAAGCUAUUCUGCAUUUCGGGUCAUGUCAACAAGCCUUGCACGGUUGAAGAGGAAAUGAGCAUUUCAUUGAAGGAAUUGAUCGAGAGACACUGUGGUGGAGUGAGAGGUGGAUGGGACAAUUUGCUUGCCGUGAUUCCGGGGGGCUCUUCAGUUCCCUUGCUUCCCAAACACUUAUGUGAUGACGUGCUGAUGGAUUUUGAUGCCCUUAAGGCUGUACAAUCAGGUUUGGGGACUGCUGCUGUGAUUGUGAUGGAUAAAUCAACUGAUGUUGUAGACGCAAUAGCAAGGCUAUCUUAUUUCUACAAGCACGAGAGCUGUGGCCAAUGUACUCCAUGCAGGGAAGGAACAGGAUGGCUAUGGAUGAUUAUGGAGAGGAUGAAAGUUGGGAAUGCAAAGUUGGAAGAGAUCGAUAUGCUUCAAGAGUUAACAAAGCAGAUUGAGGGGCAUACCAUUUGUGCUUUGGGAGAUGCUGCUGCAUGGCCAGUGCAGGGUCUGAUUAGGCACUUCCGGCCUGAGCUAGAAAGAAGGAUCAAAGAUCAUGCAGCCAAGGAGUUGUUAGAGGCCGAAAAAAGAGGUCUACUGGAGGCUGCUGCUUAAAUCAUCUCAUGCAGGAUAUCUCCAAUUCUUGGAAAAUUGUUGAAAUAAGAGACUGUAAGGAAUUCCUUCUAAGUAUAAUUCAGGAGGUAGCUCAAGCACAUGUAUGUCCCAGUAUUAUGUUUUGUUUUGAAAGAUGUAUUAGCGACAUGGCUGUAUUCAUUUUAUCACAAUAACUGCAUACUUUUUGCGUAUGUGUCUGGACGGACACAAAAUUUUUACAUUGUUCAUGUUACUUUCGGGUGUAACUGUGUAAGGCAAUGAAAACGUUUCUCUA